UUUGGGCAUCGUUAUAACAGAUGGGUCCUUGCAAGUCAGCAAAACGCUUUAGGGCCUUGUAAAUGCGCGCGAUUUCGAGCAAAGCAAACAUAUAGAAAUUAUAGUUUUCGCUAUUUGUUGACGUUUGUCAGCGUUUAAGAGUCCUUCUCACGAAAAAAGCAUUUUCUUAAAAAUUCGUAGUUUUUUUUCCUUCAAAUUUUUUCAGGGCCACAAUUGAUUAACUAACUACCCGGACUCUGAAUUUCAUGGUCAUUGAAAAACUGUGACAUUAUCUUCUAUAAGCCCAAACUUGAGUAAACAUUGAAGAUUUUUAGCGUUUUGGCUGAGUUUGUGCUUUGGGAGUUGUCUAUUGUUUCUAGUCUGUCAUUAUACAGCAUUCUUGUUCAGCACGCGUGCAAUGACCACGCUUGGCUGACUUCCGAAUGCUCACCGAGAUAUUCCCGUCACGAGUUGGUUUAAUUAUUGGCUUGCAUUAAACCUAUGAAAAAAUGAUAUUUUUUUAAUAGUAAGUAGAUUUAGUGUGUAGCACUUCUUGAUUUUUUUGCAAAGGCACAAGAAGCACGAGAAUUGAUUAAAAAUUGUGACUUAAACCUCUAUGUAUCACGCGAUGGCCUGUCUCACUGUACCAAAAUUAUUAUAUCUCGGUGAGCAUUCGGAAGUCAGCCAAGCGCGGUCAUUGCACGCGUGCUGAACAAGAAUGCUGUAUAAUGACAGACUAGAAACAAUAGACAACUCCCAAAGCACAAACUCAGCCAAAACGCUAAAAAUCUUCAAUGUUUACUCAAGUUUGGGCUUAUAGAAGAUAAUGUCACAGUUUUUCAAUGACCAUGAAAUUCAGAGUCCGGGUAGUUAGUUAAUCAAUUGUGGCCCUGAAAAAAUUUGAAGGAAAAAAAACUACGAAUUUUUAAGAAAAUGCUUUUUUCGUGAGAAGGACUCUUAAACGCUGACAAACGUCAACAAAUAGCGAAAACUAUAAUUUCUAUAUGUUUGCUUUGCUCGAAAUCGCGCGCAUUUACAAGGCCCUAAAGCGUUUUGCUGACUUGCAAGGACCCAUCUGUUAUAACGAUGCCCAAAAUAAAGAGAUGAAUCUCAUAGUUUAUUAGAUAUAAUCCGUGUAAAGUUUGCUUAUCAUUUUCGCAUAAAUUAUGACCUAAAUUUGGAAACCGCUGAAUUUCUCGAAUUGGGUCUUUGCGAUUUUGGUGAAACUCUGUUCAGCGCAAGGCACUAAUGCGCACUAUGUGUAGCCGAGAGAUUUUCACGAAAAAAUGCCGGCAACAGCAGAUUUUCGACUCAGACCUCAAAGGGGCGUGGCAUUAUAACCACGUGACAUUUACUCCGAUCGCCAAAAAUUUUAUGUUAUAUUGUAGAUUGAUCUAUAUGUUAUCCAUUCUAUGUGUUAGACUUACGAUAAAAGUAAAGGUGGGGAUACCAUAGAGCUUCAAAGUAGGAUGGUACCCCCUAAAAAAAACUGGGUCGAGUCACCUUAAAGUCGGCGAAAACCGUCAUAUUUCUCAUACAAGCCUCAUUAUUUUUCCAUCACAAAAAGCGACACCCUUCUUGUAGAGGCCUUGAAUUCAAACCACUGAUGAUAACUUUACGACGAACUAAUGCCAACACGGUUUACCAACAUUUUGAAGCGUUACAUCCCUUGAUAUUUAUUCGGAAGUCAUGCCACAUAAUUUGUAUUGGUGAUUGUUCUCUACUGACAAAAACGACGUAAUGAUUUACCAAAUAUGCCUUGGCAAAGAUAAAUAAGUCAGCUCCUUAAAACACAUGUUUGAGAAUGUGUGAAAAAUAAUUUUUGAGAAACAAAACUAGAUAACGUGAAAUAUGUAGUUCUCAAAGAAAGUUAAAAACGUCAGGAGUCUUUGAAGCCAGUUGCUUUUCUCAUACUGAAUCUGAUUUUUGACGUUCGUUGCCAGACGAAACCAGAAUUUGAGAUGAUCGGAGUGAGGCCAAAGGAAAUUGUAACGCUAAAGGUAGGUACUUAAAUUUUUUAUUGUUAAAGACAAAAUACGACAAUUACAUUUACUUCUCAAAGCAAAAUUUUGAAUCAGAACAAGUUGGUGUUGUAUUGUAGGUGACGCCUGUGUUCGGCAACGGAAAUAUCCAGAGACUGGAAAGUCAAGUUAUGGUUACUGCACCAGGUUAGAAUAUUACCAUUACCACCUAGAUUGCCCAAUUAUCCACAAUUGAUUACUUAGCAAAGCCAAACGUACAUGUGUAACAUUACGAGCAGCUGAUAAAAUGGCUCAUGAUAUAAAGGAAUUUAACGGGUUAUUUAACAAACGCAAAGAUAUUUUCGAACUUCCAAGAGACCAUAGAACUAUAAAUCCUGAAUAGCCCAAGUUCGAUAUAUUAACGUUCUAACAUAACUCCCAGGCUACGGGUCAAAAUUGCACAAAUUUCACGAACCCAUUGUCUCGCAGUCCCCAGAAGAGACUUGAGCACGACGAAAACCAAAAAAAAAUUUAGAAAAAUGACCAGAAAGCCAUAUUAGAAUUUUAAUAAAUCGAACGUGGGCUAUCAAUAAACGCUUUGAUGGAAUGAUAUUUACACAUGAAUAAAACACAUAAAACUUUUCCGUUUUCUCUUAAGGUGUUUCUCACUACGUUAUUUAUGAUCUUUAGUAUCGCUAAUUGCCAAUUCCUUUACAGUGAAUACAGAUUACUUCGUUUACUGGUCUUUAUUUCAUAAAAAAGCCCCGGGUCGGCAACAGUAGUUUGACCAUGGUAUCAUGGUUUUUGAUUGUCAACUACGUUUGACCAUUUUCGGCGAUAGUGUGACUGUGGUGUGUGACCGUGGUCUGUUAUCAGCUCUCGACCAUGGUACAUUACCAACCAUGGUUACAAAAUAAAUUAUUGCCUUUUAUUAAAUCAGUAACAGAAAACAACAAACUAGUUAUGUUUAUGUGAUUAACUUUAAGUGUACGAUAAAAUUUCUGCUUUGUUUUAUUUUUCUCGAGGCAAAUAUUGAAGUGACUCAAGACCAGGAAAAACCAUGUUCGACCAUCUCCAAUCCUUGGUCUGACUCAAUAAUAGAAAUCAGUUCUUGUUGAGUAUUUCAUAAAUUAUUUCGCAGACAGGCAAAAAAGGAAUGCAUUUGUAUCACUUUAAAACAAUUUUUUUUUUUUUUGAAAGAAUAUAUUGAAGUGAGUCAAGACCAUGUUAUACCACUUUCGACCAUUUUUAAUGCGGAUCUGGCUCUUGUUGAAGUUUUUAGACAGAAUUUAAUGUCUCUCAGCCGCACAGGCCAAAAUCAUUCAGUUUGUAAGUUUUUUAUAGAAUAUAGAUUUUUUAAAAAGGACUGAGACACCGCUUCCAGUUUUUGCAUCCAUAUUGCGAACAUCUUGUUGAGACAAUUAAUACCCCUCUUUUUUGACCUCUGGUGGCUUAAUAAAUUACUGUAGUUGCAGACAUAAACCAUUCUCAUUUAAUAAAUGAUUGACCAAAGACAAUUUUCACGCAAGGCCAGGUUUAUAAAUUUUAUUUUUUAUAAAGAUUUGUUAGCUGACAUAAAUAGCACAAUUGCCAAUAAAAGAUUUUUUCAGUUGAAUUAAAGUGCCAAAGGGAGACACGUGUUUUACGUCCCGAGAGAGUUCAAACAAAACAUUUUGGUGCAACGUGACUUAGCAAGGUUGAGUAAUCUGCUCAGUCUUCUGAACAUUUUCCUAUGUGGCCGAACGUAACAAUACCUUAGCAUAAUAAAGAUCGAUAAAGAUUACCUGUUUGGUUUUUGAGAUCCUGAUGUAUCAGCCACAAUAUGCUUGAAAUUUUAUCAUUUUUCCAAGAGCAUCUCGAUCCGGGAUUGAUCGGUGAAGACUGUUUGACAUGUUCGCAAAGCUUGCGCUCAACUACCAGACAGUUAUUACUAAAAAUAAAGCAACUCUGUCCUAUUUUGAAAAAAAAAUGAAAUCAUACUAAAACCUGAGAAAAAGGAAUGUGGAAACUUGAAAGAAAAAGAGACAUUUCUUGAUGCUAAAGAAAGCUCGACUGUGAAAUGUGACCUUGUUUAACCUUUUGUUGAAACAUGAUUGGUUUAGCUGUCAAGCGGUGACUUAAUAGGGAGUUUAAGAUACGGCGACUACGGACUACGACUACGGUUAAAGAUGCUACUGCGCAUGAUCAAGACCACGUGACUGUAAAUGCACAUUGACUGUAAAUAUCUUAUUAUCCACUCCCCUCAGGGCUUUUCAGGGAUAAUUUACAACACUGGUUGGGGGACUUUGCCAGACUGCUUAAGGUGCAGUUUACAAGUAAUGAAGGAAUGAGUGAUGAUGCCCCCAUACAUCAGUGUGAAAGUGAGAUAGACCACAACACCGGGCACUACGUGCCCUACUCUUUACAAAGAGUGUGUGGGUUCUUUAACGUCCCACAGAUUUAUUACAUGUGCAAGGGCUUGUGAGACGGGGCUUACGGUUUAUCGUCCUUAUCCGAGAAGACUAGAAAGUCUAACCAUUUGCAGAUGUUAUUACAAAGGCAGCACUUUCUCCUCAGUUAUUUUAAAGACCCUGAGUGUUGGUCCGGCCGGGGUUUUGAACCUACGGCCUCCCGCUCAGCAGACCGGCGCUCUCCCAACUGAGCUAACCGGGCGGCGGUUUUUCCCGCGUAGUCCUGCGGCUACGGUGAGUUGUUGAGCUGUUUCGCGUGGUCGGGACUACGGAGAACAUUUUGCUCGUAUUUUGCCGUCUCGGUACUUCAAGAAUCUCGUCUUUUCGUAAAAGAGUUUUCAGUUCACCUGCUUUAGUGAGAGGGAGGCGAAAUAUGUAAGUUGUGUCUUAUUUCUGCUCAGAUUUACGCUUUAAUCCACUGUUGUGACUACAUUUUUAUCUAGCUAAGCUCAUAUUAAAUAAGCUUAGCUGUUUUUACGCAGAAUUCCGAUUGACGGCCGAGGAGAAGAGAAAUCAUGCAGGUAAUUUACUUUCUCUUCGCACUUGAAAAGUUUCAAUGUUUCUUCGAACUGAUUAUUGUGUCUUUCUACUUGUGUAACCUUUGUUUAUGCGAGUUUUUGUAUCACAUUUGCUGAAUGAAAAUGAUGUAAACAUCUUCGAGACAAUCGAAACUCGGCAUUUCGAUACUUCAAACUAAAUCAGAUCAGUAGUCUGAGAAGUCCAUCUUCUAAAUCUAAUAAAUGAGCUAUUACUAUUUCUGUCUCUUUCUUUAAUAUCUGACAUAAGAAUUUAUGGGCGAAAAAAAUAAAACCUGUGUAACCAAAACUUUGUUCACCAAUUUCACCCAACGUAAUUGCUUUCUUCAAGUAUGGAAGAAUUUGUUCAUUGUUCUAAAGAUAAGAUCACAUGCAAAACUGACCGUUGCAUUUUUGUGAACUGGGAUGAAAACGGGUCACCCAACGUCAAUUUUCGGAAAAUAUCUGUUCGGAAGACAAUUUGAGAUCUAGAAUUUUCGGAACAUUUGUUGUAGAAUUUCUUGCUUGCCUGCCUCUCCUAGGAUUUUCGAACAUCUAAAAAUGGUAUAAUUGCCCAUUUUAACGGAUUUUUACUCUAAAAAGGUUACCUACAAUUUUCGGGAGCCUUUAUUCUGGCUGAAAUUUUCGAAAAGGUAAGUUUGAUCCCUAUAAUUUUCGGAUCACUAGACUUUCAGCUGGGAAAUCCGAACAGAUGAGAAAUUUCUAGGGGAUAAAAAUAUGCCUAUAUGUACUGUUCGAAUACUAAAAUACGUUUAACAAUGCUAAGUUUAAGUGGUUUUGAACUAUAUUCUCGUUGGGUGCCCCUGAUGAAAAGAAUAAAAUCUUUGCGUGUUGUUUUCCUCUCCGCCUCUUCUCUCGUAGUCUACUGUCUGUAGUGCAAUCUUAACGUUCUAUAUUUGCACGACUCAACACAGUGCUACGAACAAAGGACAACGCUCGUCCAGCCGUAGUUCGCAGUCCGUAGUCUCCGUAUCUUAAGCUCCUUAUUAUGUUUUAUCAGUUUUUUUCGUGGUCAUGUUACAAGAGCCGUUUUAUUGUGCUAUUCAAAUCACGCCGCCAACUGCAUGCCAAGGAAGAGGCCGUGCCGGCAUUGCUUGAAAUAUUAAUUGCUUCGAUUUUAAGGGAAAACGGACGCUUCUAAACUGUUGUUGAUCCAAACUGAUACAUGUAUGAUUCUGCGAUGCGGUAAAAGUGCGUUCAGGAUAGACUACGGUGUUGCUGUGUUGUACCUCAACCGCCUCGACUGUCUACAAGGACGACCAUUGUAGUUAAGAAAAUGGGGUAAAAGUGCAAGUGUUUAAGGAAGAAAUAGAAUGAAAAUCUGCUGAAUAAACGAACGUUUACGACCACUAAAGAAGUGAGGAAUAAUUGCAUUGCAUGAGUCUUUAAAUAAGCUGGCUAGAAAGAAACAUCUAUUGUUACAUAACAAAGUAAACUGUUGCACAAUGGUUUUGAAUCUGUCUUCACCAUUUUUUAACUUUCUGAGCGGUAUUCUGAUGUCCACUAUAGAAAUAGUUACUUCGGAAAAAAAAAUUGCUAGUGGAUUUCUGAAGUCCUGUCAGAUCUUUUUUUAAGAAUUUUCAGCGAGAUUUAGGUCAAGUCUUACCUGUAAAAAUAUAGAAUUUAAAUUUUUCACUUAGCAGGUCAUUGUAUAAUUUAUCUUUAUUGGCGUAUCACUUUUUCAUGAACUGAGAAAUCCUUGUUUUUUUUUCUGAUAUACUUUUUCACUAGAACCCAACGAGGAGCUCGUAAAGGUGAUAGGGUUGAAGCAUGGCGUCCAGGUUGCUGGUCCUAACAAUACGUUUAGCACAACAGUUUGGUGGGAGAAACCAUUGUUCACACACAGUGGAGUUAAAUACUAUACAUACAAAGUUUUGCCUAUAUCUGACCCAAAAAGGCGAAAGAGAGGCAUCAAUGUUUACGCUGGUGUUCAUACUGUAAGUUGAAAAGAAUGAUGAGUGUUUCUUAGGAAUCACUGCAGAAGUUUUUAAGUACUCAACGAAGUUUUAUAUGGCUAGGCUCCGCCCCGCGGUCCAACAACUUACCAAGUUUUAUGUACCAUUUUUUUUGGCAUAUUAAAGGUACCCCUUUCACAUACCUUGUUUAGAACUUUGCAUCCCUUUUGACAGCUGUAAAUGCACCGUCUUUUAAAUAGGUAUCAAUCACAAAAAUAGAACGCUUUCUGAUUUUAUAAAGCCAUCAAAUUCAUCUGUUAGCCCUUUUGGGCCCUUUCACAGACCCAAAUGACAGAUUUUCCUUCCCUUUUAUAUACUUAACUAGUGAAAUCCCUACCCUUUCAUAUACCUGCAGCCCGAAAAAAGGUACCCCCUUCGGGCGGAGCCUUCCGGUAUAGGCCAUCAAGGGGCGAUCCCGCAGCUGUUUGAAAGAUUGUUUUUGAUUAGCUGGGAAAACAAUAGGGAUUUUCACAUAGCAAUGCCCCUAUCCCUGAAAACAAAGGAAGUGCAGAUUAAUGGGGACCAGUGAAAUAAGAGGUUUAGAACGGUGCAGGUCUACUGCCAUUAAGGGGGGCUCCCCCGGGGUUUGAGAAUAGUUGUGGUUUCUACAAUGUUAUUUUAUUUUGAGAAUAUAACUCCGAAAUGUGAACAGAAAAACAAUAAUACAUGUUACGCUAAGUUAGUUUUAGCCUCUCACGCAGGCGUUUUUAGGGUAGCUCUUAGGAGACGAAAUACGACCUCCCCUAAAAACACCGGCGUGGCAGGUUACGGUCCUUGUGGCCCAGUGCGCGCAUUUACCUCAUCCUUGCCUUGUUAUAGUUAAGUAAUCAUGACAAAUUUGUCUUCGGAUUUUUAUGUGCUGAAAUAUGAAUGCAUUAUUACGGUUGUUGGUCCGAUCCAUUUGUGCGUUUGACUGUUCUUUAUGUUUUUAUAGUCUGAUACAAAUGCUACCAUCAGUGGGAUCAACAAGGACAUUUCUGUGGAAUUUCAGGUAAUCGCUUUGGUCAGGCAGCAAGAUUAUUACAAAUAACGGUAUCCUUUCUAACACCGAACUGAACUCACCACAUCCAUUAGUCAGCAUUUUCAAAAUUGUUUGAAGAAAAUGAAGAAAACAGGUCGUUGGUGUACAAAUAAAGUCUAGAGCGAGUGUCUUUCAUCCGAGAAAAAUCUGCCAAUUUCAAAGCUGGGAACACACUCUCGCCUUACCAAAAAGUAAACUGACUGAAAUAUUUUGCAAGCAAUAUACUGAUGCUUUACAUGUGUAUGUUAUUUCAUUUCACACUUUUGGACCAAGCAAGUGUUCUCAUUGUAUCAUUUCAAUAUAUUUUUAGGUUACGCCUGUCUUCCAGGUUCGAGUGGUCAACGGUAUAUAUGAUCGGAUUGACAUUUCAUGGGAAGGUCCAGAUGUCCAAAACGGUACUUUUUCCUUUUAGUCAAUUUAUUACCUAACUUUCGCUGUAACUGCAGUUCGAGAAGAAAACUAAGCCUACUUCACGUUCACAAAGACUUCUGGGACUGUUACAAGGUAUGGAGGUGCCGGAAAUUGGCCAAUACCUCACCUGCGCUUUCCCAGUAACGAUACCGGAAACUACUGAAUUGAGGGACGCAUUUCGACUCCACUUCCCUUCUCGCUUGACCUAAGUUUAUGCCGUUUAUAAUGACUCGCAAUGUUCUUUUUCAGAUAAAGGUUCUUUCAAGUUAACUCAAGCUCAGAUGGGCGGGCUUAUCGGAGGCGUUAUAAUUGGUGCCCUGAUUGCUGUAUGUUUAAUGAUUUGGUGUAACAAACAAAGAAGGAGACGAAUGGAAAAGAGGGGUCUUGUGUCAGGGUAAGGUUUCUUGAGAAUAAACCCAACGGAAUGUUUACGGCAGGAUUUUGAUGUCUUGCACUGGGAUGUACUGUAAAGAAAUAUUAAAAUACUUUGAUCACAUUUUAUCGAUUACAUGAUUACCUGCAUAUGAAGACAACUGUUUGUUAAAUUCAUGUUACCGCGUAAACUUAUUAAGAAGUUGUAAUAUAAUUACUGAAAUAAUAGUUUGCACUAUCAUUGUAGAUCUGUAGGACGACCUUCUAGAAAGUUUAAAACUUGAAAGUUGAGACCAUACUACCGCCUUUGUGGCGUCAUUGGGUGGCGAACUAAAGCUGUGGCCGACCUUGUCUCCGGCAUGCUUUACCAAUCUGCAUUAGAGAACGGAAAUCCACAAAAAAAGGAAUUGACAAAAACAUGAUAGCUGCGAUAAAUCAUUUAACAGGAAGGCAGUUUUACUAAGCUACUCCAGCAAGUUAUCAGCGUGGCUCUUUAUACGCUAGCCACCGUAAACUUUUUGUCAAUCCAAAAAAACAUAUGGCAGCACCUUAUUGAUAUUGUAUUGAUAGGCUUUAUUCCUGGUGUCCGAGCGUCAAACGACAAAUCGAUGACUUUCACUGUCACACCAGGAGGAAAAGAAAAGUCAAAUACCCAGAACAUUGAAUUAAUAUUCUGACAAUUUUUUUCUUUUGCCAGAAACAAUGCGUUAAUAAUUGAUCAUUGGGAAGUGGAUAGUGACCUGGUGUCCCUUGAGGAGGAGCAAGGAGAGGGUGCUUUUGGUAAAGUGUAUAAAGGAACCAUAAAGCAAGCAACUACAAUAUCACGUAGGCUUUCAGUGAUGCCCCCAGUGAGUCCUCUUCGGAAAUCUGCAAUCACGCAAGCCAUGCCAUUUACUGUGGCAGUGAAAAUGCUUCACGGUAAAUUUUGGGUCAUUAUUCCGUAUUUUUUCCAAAGCCUGCGCCACAGACGAAACUAAACCCUGGUUAAGUCCGGCUGCGAAACAAGGCCAAAAUCUUUGAUCUGAGCCCUCACCUGUGUUACAGGAUUUGAGUCUGUUGGAAGCACAGAACAAGGAUCUCGGCUCUGCUUCGCGGACGUUACUAAGGCCUGGCUCAGACGCCGUAAUUUUCAUGUGCUGAAUAAGUUCGACUUUGGAGCGACACUGGCGCGACAUCAGAUUCAGACGGUGCACCGUGUAUCGAGCCUAUUAGUGAGUCAAGUUUGACAAAAUUUCGACAGACUCUAUCGAACUUUUUGCCGCACCAAACGCUUUUGCCGCACCUAACUAAAACUACCGUACCAAAUUGAUUCAGACACCGCUCUCUUGCCGUACUUAAUUCAUCAGUUAGGUUCAGCACAUAAGUGGAGCGGUGUCUGAACCGGGCCUAACCGAGGUUAAAUUACGUCUGUGACGCAGGCUAAGUUUUUUCCUGUAAUCUCUAGUUUUUAAUUUUUCAUUCUGACAACGAUGCGUUAACGUUAAUAUUUGAGUACAACAGUUUUCAUUGAAACCAACCCCUAUAUUUUUAUGUGGCUAAGCAGGCUGCGAACAGAUUGGAGAUUCAACUCAGGUGACAAUUAUUUUGGAGAUUUUAAUGUACUUUAAGAAAUGUUAGAGAAUAAUUUUUGUAACUGUCUCCGAUUGUUCUUAUCUACAGCUAUGGCAGAUAGUGACCAAAGAAGGGAGUUUCUGGAAGAAAUUCAAUUGAUGAAAGCAUUGGGUUCGCACAAGAAUAUUGUUAAUAUGGUCGGUUGUUGCACUUUGGAGGAACCCAUGUUCUUGUUGGUUGAAUUUGUCCCUUACGGUGAUCUUCUGCAUUACCUCAGAAAGCGCCGAGGAAAGGUACAAGAUAUAAAGAAAUCUACUCAAAGCGACUUCCAUUGGAAAUAAAUUAUUAAAGCCAAACUGUUUAGUUUGGACCUAUAAAAGAAUUGCCUGGAGUGCACUUCGUUUGAGAGAUUUAUCCUCAAAGACGUUAAUAUUUACCAUGCACUCCUCUGUCGUAGGCUUCCUUAAUCUGGUUCUUAUCGGGCCGUACAGUAGUAUUUGAUACGAUCAUUAGCGGAGUUAUCCGCCGUUCCCUUCGUGAUGACCCAUUUGGCCGAACACGCUUAGCACUCCUUCACAUGUCAACCGUGUCAUCGCAUUAAUGUUCAAAACCAUAUUACAGUUAGAUUUUUUACAAAGAAUCUAGUCAGUAGAUAUGUCAUUCUGUAUGUACCCAGCGCUAAUGGAUACCAGAAAAAUAUGAAUGUAUCUUCCCUUUUACAUGGGAACUGGGAUGAUUUUUUUGCCUCUUUUUCAGGUAAAAGUGUACCCCGGAGACGAGUCAAGAAGUCCAUUCCGCUCAACAUAUUGUGAGACAUAUGUACUUGAUGCAAAGGGGGGAGAAAUAUCAAUACAGGUACAUAGUCGUGCGAACUAUUUGAUGCAUGAGUCGGUAAAAUAAUUUCAAAGGGCACCAGAAAUGACUAGUGCGGUCAUUUUUUUUCUUGGUUAACUGAAAUAGAAUAUUUUAUGCUAGACGUUAUGUAUGUUUCUUCUCCGGUUGGCUUUCUCUUCCUUUUAGUGUUUCAGCUUAAUAGGUUAACCACUAUCAGGUUAGCUCGGUUGCCAGGAUAAAGUCCAGUCUGGCAAAAGUUCUCCAACCAAAGUAGCCUGAGUAUCAGGCGUUUCUGGGGAAAAGGGGAAAGAUGGAAGCGAAAAAGGGAGAGAGGUGAAGGAGAGAAACGCCUGACACAGAUGCUUUUACUGGAGCCUUCCACCCCUACACAGCAUGAUUCGAUACCAUCCAAUCAAAAUCACUUCCGGUCAUUGGGUUGUCAGCUUCACGUGUCAAAAAGCUCGCCUAAAAUAAAUCUCACUUUACAGUUUGGCCGAGCUCCGGUGCUUGUGUUGCUACGAUUUCGCUUUUUUUUUAAACCUCCAAUGAGGAGUUUUCGAAUACUUGUAAUGUAAGACAUUACAGGAAUUAUAACAUGUUUCAAAAUUGUGCUAGUGUAAGAUCGCCAACGCUCUCGUUUGUAAAUAAACGUGCCCCAGAAAAUUGUAAAUUGCUUUUGUUUACAGAGUUACAUCAGGCGUUUGUCUGGCAGCUAAAAAGCUGAUGUUAUCCCUCGUAUCCUCGGGCGGUGGAAAGGAGCUGCAAGAAUAAAUAGGAAGGUGCGAUGGUGAAACACCUAUGCCUAGAAAUUAUCAAGCAGCAGCAAAUUCCACCACUUCACGGAGAGCUCGUGAAAGCUGUUACAGGUUUAAAAAAAGUGAGAGCCUAUAGCAAAGGUCAAUCUCGUUGGCGAAAUAUGAUGGCGCCCGCUUGAGCUUAAGACAUUUCAAAAGUGAGAGAAUUUUGGAACAGGAAGCGAACGAAUUCCAAUCACGUACGCUAUCGUAACCGCCACAAGCAAAGUCAAGCUUUUUAAAAGCAUUGGUGCUGUUGGCUAUGUCAAUACAUGGCUACCUCGCUCUAUUUUCAUUUACGGUAACAAUACCCUUUUUAAUAACGGCAGGAUGUUGUAAAUCAGAACUUAGAUAUCUGAAACACUGAAAUCGUCGUCUUUGUCCCGGUCUUGUGAAACCAAUACUCGGACAUAGUUUCGGCAGAAGCUGGUAUAUGAGACUUUUCCAUACUCCGAAUACAUCUUGCCUUUAAACUACGAGGCCUUGAAAACAUAAUUCUUGCUCGGGUUUUAUUUUUAUUCCAGGAAAGAACUUGAGAGCGCCCUCUAGCGCCGUUUUGAAUUCCUCUCUCCGUCUCUGUCCACAAAAGUAUCACAUACCGGUAACAUGAAAUCAAAACAUCUAUGAAAAAUGUCCAUGGCUUCUUGCCGAUCGCUCUUGCGGUCGGUGACGUCAGGGGGUAUUGUGUGUUAUCCAAUCACUGCCACAUCCAGAUUUUGGAUGUGUCACACGAUUUGCUGAAUGGUUUUGUGUCAGGCCUUCCUUUCUCUUCUCCCCCUUCCCCCUCCCCCAUCUAGAAUCUCCUCUCCCCUAGCCCCUUUGGAAGGUCUGAUACUCAGGCUACAACCUGUAAAUUAUACCUGGAAGUCCAGACGGGAGUGACUAAUGACAUAUUCACAAUUUUACAAUUUAAGAACUCUAGUGUUGGUUCUAGGUGAUGUUUUUUUUUUCUAUUUAAUUUUUAGGCAACUAGGAGCGAUCGUAUUUACGUUAAUACCCCUGACGCUCCAAAGAGUGACGGCGGAAACGUGCAGAUUCUUUCAUUUUCUCAGUCUUCAAAAGCGGGUGAGGAAUCUGGAGCUGAAAACAAAGGGAUGGCGAAAGAUGAAAUUCACUCAGACGACGACGACGAAGAAGAAGAUGUUCUGACUCCAGGAGAUUUACUGGCAUUUGCCUGGCAAAUAAGCGAAGGCAUGGUAAGAAUACCACAUGUUUGGAUGGGAACAGAUAUAUAAGGCAAAUCUUAAACUUUCUUAACUCUCCUCUCGGUUGCUUUGUUUUGAUUCUGACAAAAAUUGGUGCGGAAGUUUAGUGAUGCGGGUUCUGAGAAAAGCGAAGCCACUGCAGACUGCCGAAGCACUUAUUGUCAUUUCUCUCACGCUUUUAUGAUAUCGCUUUUACUAGAUGAAUUAAGAAUGUAUCAGCGUAAAUCUAUAAACAGCCUCAGUCUCCUCGAGUCUCAGUUAAGAUAUGCGUAAAGUGUUCCAAUUCAAACGACUGUAUUAGAAUACAUUACAUAUUUCGUUUCUUAACCCACACUAAAAAUUGUCAAGCGGGGGCCUUGCCAUGCAGAUAUUGCUUUAUUCUGUUAAUGAAAACGCAUAUGAGUUAGAGAAAACGCAUAUUCGAUUACAUGAUUGAACAAGAAAAUAUCAUAGCGAAACAGGUCACACCGGACGAGCUCAUCCUGGUUGCUCUGCCGUAGCGACAAAAAGGUCAUCCAAGUACGAAAUCUCUCACAAGUAUCAUGUAAACGAAGAUCGACAACUCGUUCUAAUACGAAGUCUGUCUCUCAGUGUAUUGGAAUCGUAAAGGCAUGCGUAGUUUUCGUUGAUCUAAGAUGGCGUCAACAUGUUGGGCAUUGAAGUAUAACGCGACAAGAAAUCACGUGGAUGAGAGUAACCUCAAGAAAACAAAAAUGGAGCUCUAAAUAUAAGUAGGAUUCAAAAAUGAGAUAUAACCCCCGGCAAUAUCUUGGUAAGUUUAAAGUGAAAAGCAUUAUGGGAUGUUAACACUGAAACAUAAUGUAACAAAUUUCAACAGGAAUAUUUGGCGAGAAAAGGCUUUGUACAUCGAGACUUAGCAGCCCGCAACGUUCUCGUUGGAGAAAAUAAAGUUGCAAAAGUAGCAGAUUUUGGUUUGACUCGACACGUGUAUGAAGAGAAGGUUUAUCAUGCUAAAAGAAGCAGGAAACUUCCCUUGAAAUGGAUGUCUAUUGAAGCCAUUUUUGAUCAAACAUUCACCUCACAGAGCGAUGUGUAAGUAUUUUCUAUAGUUAUGCGUCAAAGGAUAAACUAAUGUUUAAACUCCUAUCAAGACAACUUUAUAAAUACUGAUGUAAGCUAAGAUCGAUGGCUUAAGCUUUAAAUUACUGACCACUGACUGUUCCUCCCUAAACUCGCCUCAGGUAAGGUAAUCUGGGUACCGGAUUCCUGUAAAUGUUUGUUUCUGAAAUCAGGAAACGGACAUAUUUUCGCUUGUGCAAUCCGGAAUUCAGGACUUUGGAGUAAGGAAUGUACAGCUUAAGGAAUCCGGAAAAUCCCGCCAACGAUUGGAAUCCGAAAUCCAAGUUCCAUGAGAAUCUAGUACCAGUACCUAGAAUCCGAGAUCUACAGUGUUGAAUCCAGAAUCCCCACAAAACUAUCUAAACUAUCUUGGAUUACUCUAUAUGUGGUGACUAACCAAAAAGUGUCAUUCAUUCUAUUGAUUGAUAGCAAACGAGUACGGUAUAACUGAAAUUCUUGAAUUAAUUGCUUUAUGAGAUACGUUGUACGCUGUUCUUUCACUUAUCAGCAAAGAGGCGCGCCCUGUCGCUAGCAUGUAACGCUUCUUGAGUAUUUGGACUAAUAAUAAUUGUACUUGUUGUUUAUUGUUAGAUGGGCCUUUGGUGUUCUCUUAUGGGAGUUGGUCACACUUGGUGAGUUUUCACGCGUAAUUUUUACUCGUGAGUUGUGGUUCCUGAAAACUUCUAAAGUACCUUCGGUUUAGAACAGUUUUUUUUUAUUACUGCGUUACAAUGGUUAUAUAAGGGAGCUUUUACUGUCACGAGGGAACGAAAAAGAUACUGCCGUUGAAUUCUUCACCCGCCCAUAUUUGAACUGAAACUUUCGCUUUCCUGUAGCAUCAGUUUAGGUCUUUUCCAUCUUAUCACUACGUCAUUUAAUUUUAAAGUAUAAUUUUUUUGUGGGCAACUUUGAAACUAGCUCUUAAAAGGGUUUCAAACAUUCUCAGAUUAAACAAGUUUCCAUCAUGAUUUGCACAAUUUACAGCCUGCAUGAACUGGUUUCCACUGCAACAGAUUGGAUUGUAUCUGAAAAUUCUAGAUUAAUUUUUUUUUCCAAAUAAAUUUCUGGAAUUUAGAUCAGGAAGUUUUAUUAGUUUUCCCCCAAUUUUAUUCUUUUAUUGUAUGUUUUAAAGUUAUUUCAGGACAAAGAUUAAUUCUUAUUCACUCGUAUUUAGGUGGCACUCCAUAUCCAACAAUUAACAACAGGGAACUGCUUCGCCUUUUGAAAACUGGCUAUCGUAUGGAGAAACCAGAAAUCUGCAAUGACGAAAUGUAUGUUAUGACUGUGUACUUAGAUUAUUCUGCAAGUCAUGUUCUAGCUAUUCCUCAGCGCUUUUUAAUAACACGGGACUUUUAAAAACCAAAUUUUUAACCUACAGUUUGUUUUUCGUUUACGAAACUCUAUGGAAACAUUGAUUUUCUUUAGAGAGUCUACGUUUGUAGGUUAUAGAUUGAAGAUUUCGAUUAAUUUUGUCUGUUUCAUUUCGUGGUAAUUAUUAUUGACGGACAGGAUAAACAUGGCGUUUUCUUAAAAAAUUUUAAAGCAAAGCAAAAUAAAAUAAAGUAAAAUAAAAAAAAUAAACAGACCCAAUAGUUUUAACUGCAUGCAAUUCAAACGCUACCUUUCACCAUUCACCAGCAUCUGAACCCGCCCACUGAAGAUAAAGAUGUUCAAACGGAUCUAACAUGUUGCGUUCAACAAUGUGGAUCAUUCCGUUUGAAUGGAUUUCAAGGCUGGACUGGACGCUCAGUUAAUUACAUUCUGUGAUUUCGUUUUAGCUACGAGAUAAUGACGCAUUGUUGGAUGGAAUCACCCGACGACAGACCAAACUUUACGCAGAUAAGAGAGAGACUGGAGGUGAUGAUGCAGAAGGAUAACCCUUACCUGGAUUUCAGUGCAUUGGAUGAAAGUAGGGAAUAUUAUAAUGUACCAUCAUUUAACAGUCUCGUUGAUGAAACCACAGACGACGAGUUUCUUGACAAAGAAGACGACGAACUCUUAAGAGAAACGAGCGAUGACUGCAAUGAAGGGGACAACAUUGACGCAGGCGACCCUGUUAAAAGGAAGGAACUUGCCACCAUGGCCAAGGCAUUCAAGAACCUUGACAAAAGGGGUGAUAAUUUUGAUCCUGGUUUUGGACUUAAUAACAACAAUAAGUUGGCAGGGAAGGGAUUCAGUGAACUGAAGGAUAUUAAAGUUGAUUUCGACGCCAUCGAAAUGUCAAUAUAUCGAGCUGGUAAUAAGGAAAUUGCCCUCUAGCAAUCUAAUAAUUAACCAAUCGUCAAGGGCUGCCCUCUGUCCGCUAGAAAGCUAACUUUUCCAGCUGUCAUAUUAAAAUAAGGUGUUUGUAUUUAGCACAUAUAGUGACGAUCUUAAGUUAGUCUGUUCUCAUUGUCGAGAUCUAGCUUAAAAUUGAAGGUGCACUGGUUUCACUCCGUUUUGCCAUGUGGGUGUACUAUUGAGUAAUUGUCACACUAUACGAUGGCGGAUAAAUUUUUCUGGACGACAAGUAUCGAUUUGAACUUGCUAUAUUUUGCCCUGUAACUUUUAAUUACGAACUGAAACAAAGGACUCUA